UGGGGUUUCAGUCCUUCAAGAUUUGUUCAACUUGCAAAAAAUCUUUCUAGGGUGUCAUUCAGUUUCAAUUGUUUUUAGCAAUUUGCAGGUUUAAUUUGAACAUCAAAGCUUCAAAUUCACAUCCACGCCUCGAUUGACGAACUAAUUUCCCACAAAUCCUUCUGAAAUCUGUUUGACUUUGGUGCAAAGUGAAAAGAAAUAAUCUAAUUUUACCAUCUCAAAUUCAACUUUUCUUUUCCCUUUCUUCUUUUUCUUUUCCAAUCUCUCUUUCUUCUUUAAAAUCUAGUCUUAUCUCUUGAUUUCGAAUGGUUUUAAUAUCUUACUUUAACGAUUAUUGUUUCUAAUAUCGUCUGGGAUACUGUGUUUUCUCUUUCCCCUGUUUCACUCUCUUGGAUUCUGGUGAUGUUUCUAUCAAAAGAAAAAUCUUAGUCUUUAUUGGAUUCUGUUCAUGUCUGCUACUACUGUUUUAGGGUUCUGGUAUUGCUUUUAAGGGACUCGGGAUCUGGGUUCUGAAACAAUUCACCUGAAACUCUUGGAACUCUUAAUUUUUAGGGGUUCUCUUGGAUUCGUCUUCAGAACUUGAUUUUCGGUGUUGGGUUUCAGGAAUUAGUUUGAAGUUUGUUUAUUGGUUAGUUACCAUGGCUUCCUCAAAGUCGUUCGUGUCUCUGUACGAGAACUCCCCUGUUGUUGGCGAGCCCUUUAGCCAGAGACGGGGUCUUGCCCUCCAGAAUUCCGGCAGCUUAUCGGUGGGAAAUGGCGUCCAUGAAAGGGAAGCUGUAGUAGCAGAUUCGGAAGGCUUCAUCGGUGUUCUUGAAGUUUAUGUACAUCAAGCUAGGGAUAUCCAUAACAUCUGCAUAUACCACAAGCAAGAUGUCUACGCCAAGCUUUGCCUGACUAGUAACCCUGAAAUUACUGUGUCCACCAAGAUCAUCAACGGCGGAGGGAGGAACCCAGUCUUCAAUGAUAAUCUACAGCUCAAGGUUCGGACUCUGGAGUCAUCUCUCAAAUGUGAGGUCUGGAUGCUAAGCAGGGUGAAGAACUAUCUUGAAGAUCAGUUACUGGGUUUUGCAUUGGUGCCUCUGUCCGAUGUCCUCGUGGGGAAUGGGAAGCUGGCACAAGAGUUCUCCCUUUCUUCCACGGAUCUCUUCCAUUCUCCAGCUGGGUUUGUUGAAUUGGCGCUCUCCUACAGUGGAGCAUCACCGGAUGUCUUGGCGAUUCCGUCUCCGGUGGCCUCUGCGAAUGCGAAAACCGCCAAUGCUCCAGAUUCUGAAAUACAGGAUUCAAUCUCCUCUGAAUUCGAUAAGAUCGAGUUCCCAGAUCCUAAGAUCGUCAACGAAAACCAGCUGAUGGUUUCUGAGUAUUAUGGUCUCCCAUGUAGCCCCUUGGACUCCCAGAGCUCUGAGAGCUUGGCCACUUCAGAGACUGGUAAUCAGCUUAGUUCCAACAUUGGUGGUGGUGCUGCUGAUGUGGUGGAAAGCUUCUCAACAGGUAGCCUGGAUUCCCUUGAAGUUCAGAAGAGUGAUACUCCUCCGAGCAGCGUUUCGACUAAUGGGUCUCCCUCUGCUUCGAUUCCUAGAAGUUUUCAAUCCACUGAUACUGCAGGAGCUACAAAAUCUGCAGAUGAGGAGCACCAAUCUCCUGUGAAAGAGAAAGGAACAGAGGUCGGAGAGGCCGAUAGUGAAGCCUCAAGUGGAGUGACAAGCGGCAAAGUUUCGAAACCUCUAGUCAGUGUAAACAUUGAACCAGAGCCAACGAUGGUGCAGCAGGAUAUUGUUGACAUGUACAUGAAAAGCAUGCAGCAAUUUACAGAGUCUUUGGCAAAGAUGAAGCUCCCUCUGGACAUUGACAAUGAGUCUACCAACUUGGGAACUCCAACUCCCAAGUCAAACUCCGAUCAGAAAUCACCAGCUUCGAAGGGCACUGGCUCCAGAGUGUUUUAUGGGAGUAGGGCUUUCUUCUGAACUUUGAGUUGGGUCAGUUUGAUGGAUACACAGGUGACUUAGAUUUUAGAAUCAAACACUAGUAGUAGUAGUAGUAGCAAGCUUUGUACUUCAGUUUGUAGUGGAACCUUACUUUACCUUACUUUUGUAUGCUGGAAUUCUCCAGGUGACGGGGAAACAUCACUUGUAUCUGUUGUUACGAACUUUGUUCUUAUCACAGUUGCUGUCAGUAUGUAUUUGAUUAGUCUGUCAUCA